AUGCUACCUCCACGAGCCUAUCUGUUCAUUGCAUUGAACGCUGCCCGUGCGCUUUCUCUUCUUACGCUUAUUCUCGUCUUCAGCUCGUCGAUUGUCACCAUGGCCGGGGAUAUUGCGGCCAUUCGUCGGAGUCCAGCAGACCUAUCACAACAUAAUAGCACUAUCUCCAUCAAUGGGACCGACUACAUUUUUGAUUGCGAUUAUCGGGAGAACAGCACUGUCCCAAUGCAGCCUGGUGGAUCCAUGUUUGCUAUUAUCAACCACAUUUUCAUCAUCUUCCAAAUCAUCCUGCUAUUCAUGUCCGAGAUCUCUUGGCCAAUGUCUUUUCUUGACAAUUUUAUCCCUGUCCUCGGCACUCAACAUGGUGUCGGCAUACUAGGAUUUAUGCAAAUCUUCAUCGGCGCUGCUGUACUCUCUCACCACGUGGGCACUUUUGCUCUUGUCUCCGCCUUCUUCCUCUUCGCUAUCGGAAUCCUCAACGUCCUCCUCGGCCUCACCUUCCGCGCCUCCAUCAGAACCAAACGCUCACUCACCUCAUGGCGCGAUCGCGUUCCCGAACUUCCACGUUCCACAUCAGACUUCAAGUCAGCCAUGUCUGGUAAAGGCUCAGGCGUCUUUGGUGCCGCUCAAAACGUCUUCGCAAACGUCACGGGUUCUUCCGAAAAAAAUCAGGAGCCUGGUUCACAUCCCGGUUAUGGAUUCGGAAGACAAGGGGAGAAACAGGCUGGGUUGAAAGGCUUCUUGAUUUCGAAACCCGUUGAGACAUUGCCUCGAUAUGCGGCUAAGCCUGGUGCACCAUCGAGAAAUAGUUCAAGGAGUUCGAAUCGAAGCUCCGCCGACUCCACCGAAAUCCCUAUCCAGGACCCCCCUAAGGCCAAUAGGAUCUAA